ACACCCUACGCCAUCAUUUCGUUAGGGAUUUUUAUGUGUGUGUGUACAUUUGAUGCAUUUUGCUUUGCAUUGCACUUGUUUGCAUUGCAGUGUGUUCCAGUGUUUGCAGUGCAGUUUAAAGCUAAACAGAACAGUUGUGCCGUAGAAUUAUAAUCCAUUUAUUAAACUUAUAUAAAAGAAAUAUACUUAAAAUGUCGCGUUAUCGUGAAUGGAAUCUUGCUUGCAAAGUUUACAUUGGUAAUUUGGGAAACAGUGCUAGUAAACAUGAAAUUGAAAGUGCAUUCAGUAAGUACGGCCCGUUGAAAAACGUAUGGGUUGCCAGAAAUCCACCUGGCUUCGCUUUUGUGGAAUUUGAGGAUCCACGAGAUGCUGAAGAUGCAGUCAGAGGACUAGAUGGAACACGCUGCUGUGGAACUAGAAUGAGAGUAGAGAUGUCCUCAGGAAGAAGUCGACAUGGAGGUGGUGGUCGCAAACCUGGUCCAAGAUAUUCCAGGUCCAGAUCUCAUAGUCCCCAUAAGAAAACACUGGCACGCUAUCCAAGGUCUUGGUCAGGAAGCCCACCGAAAUCUUCUAUUAGUCGACAUUCCAGAUUCUACCAGUGUCAGCUCCUAGCUCUUCGCGUCUCCCCGCCACUACUACUACUACUACUACUACUACUGCUGCUACUACUUCUACUACAGCCACCAUGAAAAAAGUCUAGCAAUCAAAACUGAACAAAAAAAGCCUGUCUACCCUAACUUCCCAACCAGUUACCAUCAGUCACCAGUCACCGGUAGGAGCCAAAUCGUCCGUCAAUUGACAGUUCAAUGCUGUCAAUCUGUCCAUUCCCCUUCAAAAAGACUUCUUCGGGCUACCUCUAAUGGCUAGGAGCAUGGUGAAUCCAUCGAACAGUCGACACGCUAUGAACGAAUACUACUUCUAUCAAAAUCUCGGCACGCCAAUCUGUCCAUCCCAACUUCUACUACUACUACUACUACUCGUCAACAUCACGUUAAACUUAGCCGACAACGCGACCGCCACUUCUCUUCGACUGAGCAAAGCAAAAUGACACCUACACACCAUCCUCUCACCAUCCAACCAAGUAUCACUACUGCUAUAUGUUCACAGUUGUCUGGUAUUUCAUCGAUCUCCAAAGAUUUUUUAUCUUUUUUUUAAUGUAAUUAAUAGUAGUCACAUUCUCUGUGGUCCAGUCAUAAAUCGGUUAUGCGUAUUCAAUAUAUCUCUUUCGAGUGGAAAGUGAAAACACUGACUAUGAUACCUAUUCUUAACUGCUUUUGUGAUGUAUUUUUGCUACACAUUGGACCACAGAACUGCCGCUUGUUGCAAGAUUACUUAUCAUUAUGUUUUAUCUGUUCGAAAAGCUACACGAUGUAUUGGGUUUAUAUUGCUGUGUAAAAAUUACUUAUUCUUCGUGUAGCUUUGUAGCUUAUUUACUUAUGAAAAUAUCAGUAUUUAUCUUUUCGGACAGAUUGUAUCCAUUUAUCAUUACAUAUAUGUAUAAAUAACAUGUACUCUAACAGGAACAUUACAUAAUACCGCUAAUGAUAACAGUAUUAUACUUUAGACAAAAUACAUAGGAAGUUGUGCAUUAAUAAAGUUAUUUCUUUUG